AUGGCACAUCCCUCACAGCUAGGUUUCCAAGAUGCAGCUUCACCUGUUAUAGAAGAACUCCUUCAUUUUCACGACCACGCCUUAAUAAUCGUCUUCCUAAUUAGCACACUAGUACUUUACAUUAUUGUGGCAAUGGUAUCCACCAAACUAACAAAUAAAUAUAUUCUAGACUCCCAAGAAAUUGAAAUUAUCUGAACCAUUCUUCCUGCAAUUAUCUUAAUUUUAAUUGCUCUCCCCUCCCUGCGCAUCCUCUACCUAAUGGACGAAAUUAAUGAUCCCCACCUUACAAUUAAAGCCAUGGGCCACCAAUGAUACUGAAGCUACGAAUACACCGACUACGAAGAUCUAGGCUUUGACUCCUACAUAAUUCCUACUCAAGACCUAACUCCCGGCCAAUUUCGCCUCCUUGAAGCAGACCACCGAAUAGUUGUUCCGGUAGAAUCCCCAAUCCGAGUGUUAGUAUCUGCUGAAGAUGUCCUUCACUCCUGGGCAGUACCCGCCCUCGGCGUAAAAAUGGAUGCAGUCCCAGGACGCCUAAACCAAACAGCCUUCAUCGCAUCUCGCCCCGGAGUUUUUUAUGGACAAUGCUCUGAAAUUUGCGGAGCAAACCACAGCUUUAUGCCCAUUGUAGUUGAAGCUGUCCCACUAGAACACUUCGAAAACUGAUCAUCCCUCAUACUUGAAGACGCCU